AUGAAUGAGAAGCAGCAAUUACGAACGAUUGCGAACCAUGUCUUCAAGGCUCUGGAGUCUUUCCGGGAUCUCAAUAUUUCUCUUGCCAAGCUUGUCAGUUCUCCAGAAUCUUCAAAUCCAACAAAUUCCUUUGAUUUCAAGACUCAACUGGAGAAUGAUUUCCUUCGCUUCAAGAUGUGGGCUGGCAAUCAAGCAGCUCACCAGACUGGCCCCUCGUCUCUUGAUCACCGACUUAGAGAGGCCCCUCAUCUGCACGAGCAGGUCAUAUAUCUUCUAAAGGAUAUAUGUGAAUCUCUGCAAGAUGCCAUCUCACUUUCCACAGAGGGCUUUCCUUCUCUGAACCGAGAUGGACUGGGAGGGGAGAAGCAAGAAGAUCAAAACACCGAACCUUCCUCUCACAACCUGGACGAUGAUGAUGACGAUGACAGUGACUUCUCGGACUAUGGCAGCAAUUCCUCGCCAAUCUCUGGUCUGCCAACGUUUUUCACUGAUGUGGGAGAAGCUGUCGAUUGUUUAUUACGUCUUUCAGUUGCCAUCGCAAACCCUGCUCCUCACGAGAGAUUCCGCAAGCUUGGUGCUGGCCUUGAUGAGGACGUCUCCUUCUACGAACCACAUGAUAUCGCUUAUGUUAAAGACAAGUUCCCACAUAUCGAUGACAGUCUAGCCAAGGUUCUCGGAAAGUUCAUCACGCGUAGGCGCCAGUUCUUUAAAUAUCGAAGGGCACACCAUACCAGACUAGCUUCUAACCUCGAGUCUGUGGUGUCUGACGAAAAAACGGAUACAAGCCGUACAGAGAUCGUUCAGAAGACGGUUGCUUCUUCUCUUCCUGAACAUUUCAAGGCCAUGUCGAACUUCGAUCCCAGAGCCAACAUCAUAGAUGAAGACGUUCGAUCCGAUACUGGAAUGUCACAGACAUCUUAUGCUACAUCUGCUGGCUUUCUCAUCGAGAAUCAAGACGAUCAAGCAUGGGAUCGACCGCCUCCGCUAAGGGUACCCCCUAUGCCUAAUGCUGGCGAAGACGGAAUAUUCGAGUGUCCUUUUUGUUAUAGAAUGAUUGCUGCCAAAUCUCGAGCAGCAUGGAAACGCCAUGUUUUUGGGGAUCUUCGGCCAUUUACCUGUCUCUUCUCCCAGUGCACCGAAUCGAAUAUUGACUUUGACCGCCGGCAUAAUUGGCAACUACAUGUUUCCAAGUAUCACUGGAGUUCAUGGCAAUGCCCGUUCAGGUGCGAGGGGUUGUUUCUUUCUGCGACUGAGCUCACCCUCCAUGUCAAAGCUAAGCAUCUUCCAAAUGGGGACGAACAAGAGUUAAGAACUGCUGUCUCGCUAGGCGAAAGCGCAGCUCCGACUGACACCAGCAACCAAUGCCCCGUUUGUGGGAGUACAGUAAGCGGACUCAAGAAGUAUAUCAAGCAUGUUGGAAGACAUCUUGAGCAACUGGCAUUAUUUGCUCUUCCCAGCUUGGAAGAGCAGAAUCCAGUAGAGGAUGCUGCGAGUGACGAGCAGAUUAGUGCCCAAUCUUCACUAGACGUGAGGUCGCAAAGUACUUCGCAGGCUGGUUCAUUAAUUAUAGAAGAGAAAAGUAUGGCUCUUCCAGAAGAAGAAGAAGAAGAAGAAGAAGAUGCUUCCUUAAUAGGAGACAAUACAAGUAUACAGGAAGCAUACUUGGUUCAGGCCAGGGCUGAGAAACGUCCAGCGACGUCGGGUUCUACAAGUGAGGAUUUCAAAGAUAUUGGAAGCUCGGCUGUCAUGCAGAACAUCUCUGUGGCAAAGGAGGAUGAGAUAAGGGUUAUUGAUGACAGGGUUUCCUGGUUUAGGCGGGAAGUAGCUUCUUUCAAGACCUCUAGUAUACAGUUAGUGCUACUGAUUAGAACAGAGGCGAGGCUCGUGAAAGGUGCUCCACCCGAGGGGUCAUCGUGGAAAGGCAUUAUACGGGUUUCGGAACAGAUGGUAAAGGUCGCGAGACGGGAAGUUGAUGAGCUCAAAUCGUUCCCAAAAUCACACGAUUUAAGGGGCCUGAGCCCAGAGGAAGUCACUCAGCUCUUGGAAACGAUAAACGUCGACCGGAUGAAAUUAGAUAAAACGCUAGCAGAGGUUGAGCUCAGCUUUAGCAUCCUCAAAGCUAGAGUGAGUCAGAAAGGGGUAUCACAUGCUGAAGAUACAGGCGAAAUGCCAGCAACGCUGGUAGACCUGGAAGGAAAGAUAUCCGAGUCAUCGGAAAGCUCUGCUUAUGACCAGCCCAUAAUGAACAUGGUGUCUAUGAGACACCAGGCGAUGGCAUUGAGGAAAUCGAUGGCAGCAUUAAUGGAGGCGAGGGCUAAAAGGGGAGAAGAGAACGCGACAAUAGAAGAGGAUACUGUGAGAAGGGAGAAGGAGAUCGCGACGAAACACACUGAAGCGCCUCUAUCGACACAAGAAUAUGAAGCUGAGAUUGGUCCGAAGCAACCAGUUGCUGACGCUCCUCAAAGUUUGAACCUCGAGGACGAUAAAACUAUCGCUCGGGGGGGGGGGGAGAAGAGAAGAGGUAUGCGUGAACUAAUCGAGCAGGCUUUCAUGAUGGUGGAUGUGCUAGGCCCUCAUGUCAUGGAAGGGCACUACGAUCUCAUCGGCCCGGAUGGGGAAAUCAUCUUGCCAUCUAUGUGGGAACAGGUGGUUCAGCCUGACUGGGCUGUCACCAUGACAAUGUGGCCGAUGGAGCAAAAUAUCUCUGGGAAAGCAGAGUAG